AUGGACAACAUAAUAGAUCAGCGUUUUGAGCGCGUGGAGAAGGCGCUUGCAACACUCAUCACUUCGAUUUCAACUUACAAUCCUUCAAUAUCUCAUGCCAACGAUCUGGUCGCAGCUGAUACUGAACUUAGCCAAGGGCUAGAACAGUUGUCUGCCCAUCAAUCCAAUUAUGCGAAGAUUCUUGCUCUACGUGCUGAAUCUGAAGACCUCGAUGCCCAGAUCAAAGACAAACUCACACUUCUCACAACCACUCGCAAAGAACUCCUAGCUGCAUCCUCUACAAACUUUACCUCCAAAGCGAACGCUGUAGACGUUGCCGAAAUACUGUCAUACGCAAGUCGAUCGAGUAAAUUCACGCGUCCUGCUACAUUCCGAGAAGUCGAGGCGCAGAGUAAUCCAGAUACUGGAGAUGGGGGAACCAACACACCAAAGGAGCCUGGCUCGCAGUCACAGACAAACGGCACGUCAACACCGAUUACGGGAAUAAAUGGCGUGGAUAAGGAUACUCAAAUGACUCAAGGAACAGUAACCAAUCUUGAGUCCGCAACUCCAGCUGCAGAGCUCCCAAGCCAAGCGACGAACCAGAGUUCACAGACGGCGUUGCCUGAGCAUUGGCUUUCUCUCAUCAGUCCAGAAGCACACAUGCCCUUCGUACCUUGGCCCUCCGAGGACACCAUCAGAAGAGGCGCGCUAGCUAGUAUCGAGAUUUUGAUCAAUCAAGGAAAGGAUCCGGCGACAUUUGACCCAGAGAAGAGUGCCGAAUUAGAAGCCGACCGGAAGAGAAUACAAGAGGAGGAGGACAUGGCCAGAGAAGCAGAGCGCCUUAAGAGGGAAGAGGAAGCACGGAGAAGAAUGGAGAGGAGAGCGAGCGAAAUUGGCGCUGCUCCCGCAGUUCGUCAAGAAGCCAAGCCUGCAGCAUUUUCGUUGGAUAUGCUUGACGACGAAGAAGACGACGACUAG